AUGUUUAAAAGAAAUUUAGAAGAUAAAUCAAAAGCUAAAUGGGCGGAGGUUUAUUUAUCAACAGCUGAGGUAAAACAGGCCUAUCUGAAAAUUUAAAGCAUUUUAAAUAAGUUGAGAAAAAUGGGAACCAAUGAUAGAUUAAGCUAGCCAGAUUACUUAAGGCUUGACUGUUUAUUUAAAUAAGCAACUGCGGGGAUUGUAAUAUUCCAGAACCUAUACAUUUGUAUCUCUAGGAUCAUAUAAAUAGACAUUAUAGUGGAAUUGCAAAGGAAUCAAAAAGGCAGAUGCAGAGAAUUUGUAGAGAGUAGAGUUGAGUGUGAUACUAGAAGUGUGUUUAGAAUUCCUUAUUUGAAAUGA